AUGUCUCUUGAAGCUUGUAAACUUUGUGGAGAGAUUAGUAAAACGUUCAUGCACACAAUAAAUGAUAAAUUAAUAACACAGUUCCUUUUAAAUGCAGUAGUUCGAUUGAAUAAUACCGAAAAGAAUAAGAAUGUAUGCAACUUAUGCUAUGCCAAAACUAAAAUAGUCGUCGAUUUUAUAACACUAGUCAACAAAACACAGCAAAAUAGCCAGCCACAAACAUCCAGUGCAUCAGAAAUUGUGGUUUCGACCAUCCACGAUUCUCAGAGCAGUUCCACAAACUUUGUAUCAAUCAAAGAAGAGCAUUUUGAUAGUCCAAACAUUUUCUAUGAUGAAUAUGGAGAUGACAACAAUCAAUAUGAGAAUGACAUUCAAUCAGAACAGGAAGUGCAAUCCAAGACUGAGAAACAAAAUUUAAAAAGGCCAAAACUUAAGCACGGAAGUGGCAUAAGAAUGAAAAGAGCCGAGCCACAAAAGAAUGACUUUAGAUGUUCAAAUUGUAAGAAGGAACAUAAGAAUUUUAAAGCACUGGAAGCUCACAUUGUUGAGUGCUUUAAGUCAGUCGAAGAGUUUAAGUGCUUUGUAUGUGAUAAAGUAAUGGAGACUCGAAAGAAGCUAUACAGUCACAUGGAGACACAUAAAGUAUAUAACAAACGAGUAAGAGAUCCUCCACAGAAGCUUCAAAAAGUGUUAAAGGUACCAGAGGCAUUUUCAGACUGGUCAGUCAAAACAUAA